AUGUCUCCAUUGCAGGACAAUGAUCGUGUUGUCAUCGUCGGCGGAGGAGUGAUUGGUCUCUCCACUGCAUACAACCUCGCCAAACGGUCCCUGAAAUCCUCCCUCAGCAUCAAGAUCCUGGUCGUUGAGGCUUGCGACGCGUGUUUUACAGCAUCAUCAUCGAAUUGUACCGGCUGCUUUCACUAUGCCUUCACACACCCAGCCCUGCAGCCACUUUUGCCUUUGGGCAAAUACUCCUUUGAUCUGUGGGAGGCCGAGUCUGCAGACCCAGAUUUCAAAGCGGCCACAGGCUACAGUGCCCAGCCCUUCUUUGGCAUAAGUACGGGCACAGGUAAAGGACUUGAUGGGCUCCCAGAUUGGGUCACAAAGGAUUCUUCUUAG